GGUGCCAAACCGCCCCCCAGGAGCCCCGUUGAGGACGGCGCCAUGCCGAGCGAUGACACUCAACAGCCGGACCGCCGCCUCGUCUCAUCCGUUUCCAGCGCUUUACAGAGGACGAGGAUGCCAUGAGAUUUCCCACAGGCCCUCACUGGCACCUGGCCGCGAGUGAACCGCGGGGAAAGAGGGGAAAACCAACGGCGGAUAAUGACGUGAUGGUUCCGAUUGUAGAGCGAGCACACGGGGGCUCCGGGCGUCUUUAAUGACCGGCGCUGGAGCGGAUUUGACCGGACUUUAUUGUGUGUGUGGAGCCAGGUGCGAUACUGGAUCGACCGCAGUUAUAGUUAAAGAAAAGAAACGGUCUUUCAAACAGGUUGCUGAGAUUUCCUCCCAUCUGAAAGGUAAGGAGGCUUUGCAGCACAGUCAAGGAUGCUACCCCCCAAAUGGUGACUUCUGCAGAAGAAGUUGCUUUUCUCAAGGGAGUUCCAGUGAGAGGAGGAUUUGAGACUCCAGAGGCCUCCUUCAUCUUUGUAUCUCCCGCUGUCUUCUAAUGUACGUGGCCAUCUCCUCUAUCAGCGCUCAGACGUUACUGCUUCAUCAAGGGGGAUUACAGAAACCUUUGUUGGACGGUUUGAUGGAGAUCUGGUCGAAUGUCAGCGGGAACUAUUGUUAUAUCCGGAGGAAUUCUCGCCGGAGUGAUACUGCUGUGCAUUGUAGCAGUGCUCUGUUACUGUAGACUCCAGUAUUACUGCUGUAAGAAGAAUGAUUCUGAGGUGGAUAUGGGCUCCGUGGUGGGAGCAGACCCUCUCUCCCACUUUCCCUGCAAUGCCUGUAAUGCCCUCGCCAUGGACGGCGCAACUAUCGCCCCCGUCUCUCUGGAUCAGCUGGACUCGGGUUCUCACCACAACCAUUGCCCCACCUGCUCACCGUACACCCUCCGCUCUGGACUCACAGACAACAUGCGAAACGGAGGGGAGCGGCUGGGCUUCCACACCUACUAUGAGAACCCGUCUGUCUCUCUCCCACUGUCUGCCAACCAGCAGAGCUCCUCCCCUCUGAGUUACUACAGUCCCACAGACAUGUUUCCUCCCCCGCCACGCCCCUACAGCACACAGGUCUGACCUCUGCUGUACCAUAAAGACACAUACUCACACAUAUAGAAAACCAUUGUGACAUACACAUGCCCUUUCGUUUGGGACUAAAUUCAGGUGAUGGAUUGCGAUACAGCACAAUUACACACAUGCCCACAUUACUGUACAUUCUCAAAGAUUCUAGACGGGGAGUGACCCAUAAAUUGAGCAAACUGACAGAGUGUGGGCAACCAGUUGUUGGACCAAACCCAUGGGGAGCUGCAGGCGGCAGCAAAAAACAGUGUUUUACCAGCAGGGAAAUGGUACAGAACUGAAAUACAACCUCAGUUUGUUUCACUUUGGUAAUUGGAUCUCAGGUGUGAUCCAAUCUAAAUUUAGAUGUGAACACAACUGGAUUGAUACAGUCAUUGAAACCACAUUUAAAGGUGGCCAGGGACACGUGGCUACUAUAGUGUGAACACAAAAGGGUCCUCAGACUGCCAUGCCAGUUUUGUUGUGUAGGUGCUAGGGAUGCAAAUUUUAAGCAAUUCCCAUUAGCCAUGUUUAUGAUCAACUACUCACCUUAUGAAAUAAGACAAAAUGCAUAGUUGUUUUUUUCCAUGAAAGCUCAUUUUUAGCUAUUGAUUUGCACUGUUUGUGCACCACAAUGAUAAUAUAUUAAUAAAUAUUUGAAUAAUAAUUGUUUGAGUCAUGAAUUAAAUAAAACAAAAUAACUUUAUGAAUAAUUUCCUAGGAGAUUUUCUGGAUGUCAUUUAGUACUAAUGAUAGGAAAAAUAGGAAUGUCCAAGAAAAACUUGCCUGUUUACCAUUUUUUGCACAUUCAGCUGAUCUGCUAGCACUGCUAAAAAAAAAUUUAAAAAAUUGUUACGCUAGCAAUUAAUUAGGAUUAUUUAAUUAGAAGUGUAAUUGAACACAGUAUCUAUUUUUGCUAUAAUGACCACCAAAUUACAUAGAUCUUUUAGGAAAUAUAGUGGGAAAUUAUUUGUAAUUUACGGACCCACAAAAUAAAGCAUUAACAAAUGUUCUGCGCCUGUUUCUCCUGAUGUUCUUCACCAAUAAGAAAAACGAAAUUAUAAAGUUAGACAAUUAUUUUACAUUAGAUUAGACAUGCAAGGCACCUAAAAGCAAAGUUCAGCCCACUGUCAAAAGGCUACGAAUGCCUAUAUCAAGUAGAAAAAUACAAUACCAUGACAUCUUAAUCACUGACUAAUUAUUAGUGGCUCUGGUUGCUUAGACAAGAUAAGUCUGUACCCAUGUGGGAAUAUUCACAGAAAUGCUCUUUAGAAAUGACUAGAGACAUAUCUGGGGGUUUUUUUGUUCAGCACCAACUAAAUAAAAUGAGAGCUGGGACGCGACAUCUGGAGAAGUAUUUAGAGAUUCUGGAGAAUAUAUCCUGUUACAUGAUACAGAGUCUGAAAAGGACCAACACCUCUUUAGUUUCUGUAAUCCCCCCCCCCCUUUCACUGUGCUGCUUUUUAAAAAAAACAGUUUUAAAUGCUAGCCUGAGAAAAACCCCUCCCACCGCCAUCCGAUCCAGCUUAAUGUACAUGAGGGCUAACACUUUUUUAAUUAGGUGGUGUUGUUUGCCAACUACAGAAACUACUAAUGGAGCUUAAUUGUUUUUGUCCAGAGUAAAGACAUGAGUCAGAGAUGAGAGUUUUUAAGCAUUUUUCGUGCAUCUUGCAAUUAUUUGAAGGAGUGUAGUUUUAUUAUGCUAGAGAGAAAAAGGCUACUAGAAAAGUAUGAAUUUUGUUUGCUAGUGUUUUCACUUCUGGUUAAUUGUAAUGAAACUACAUUACUAAAAGAGGGGUUGGUUCUACAGUGUCUUCCAUAUAAGUUGAUGUAUUGAACUUUUUCAUGUUUACAGAUUGAGAUGGAUGAAAAGAAAGAAUGCAUCCUCAGAUUUUUAGAGAUGUUGGAGGCAGGAACGAGAUACUUAGGCUCAUGUACCAUACGUUGUUGAUCUUGAAGUUUUGUAUCUUACAAGCCAUUAUAUCUGCUAUACAGUACAGUAACAAGAUGCAGUGUUAUUCCACAGUAUACGCCUGAAUCUAUAUAUUUUUAAGGAGUGUUGUACUUUUUGUGAGGGAUGUCAGGGUUUAAGUGUGUUUUACUGAGUUUGUACCAAAUGUGAGUUUCAUAUGCUCUUCAAUUAUCCUUCCAUCUUGAUUUUUCUCUGUAUGUCUGCUGGUUAUAAAACAACAGGGGGACACAAUGGGAAGAGAAUGGAAAUGUACAUUUGUUACAGGAAAUUCACUUUAAAAUUGUACUUAAAUUUAGCAAAAAUGUGAUUAAAUGGUAUAAAAAAAAGAUAGUUAUUAUAAAUACAGAUUAUUAGUUAAAGAUAUUUAUUCAGUAUAUUCUUGCACCACAUUGUUUCCACUGAGCUGUGUGCUUCUUCAUCACAUCUCCUAACUUUCCUCACCUCACAUCCCCUUGUUGUUGAGAAGUAUGUGUUAAAUUAUAUCUGUAAAAGAACAUUUUUUUCAUAAUUUAGAUGUUCAUUCAGCCUUGGUGUUCACUGCCAUAUAGCCAAUAUACUCACUCAACAAAUGUCGUCCCCGUAGUUUGGUGAAAGGGGUUUAGUUAUUGUGAGAAAAAUCCACCAAGUUUCACAAAAUGUUCCUUUUUUUUGAGGAGGAAUAAAUGUUUAUAUCUGCCUG